AUGAACACUGGACGACGGGGAGAUGGGGUCGGGGUCGGCGGUGCUGCUGCUGCUGACAAAGACCCUGCCUCCGCCUCCUCUGCUCACUCUCAGCAGCCCUCGCGGAUCCUCGUAGUGGACGUCCGCCCCCCUCAUUGGGCCCACACCUGCCACCAGCUUUGCAAAGCCCUGGAAAACGUCUUCUCUCUGGCCUGCAGCUUGGCAGGACCUUCCCGCAUCCCGCUGUUCAGCCUCUACGUGGCCCAGAACCACCAGGAGUGCCUGCUGCCCUUCGUGCCGGUGAGGGGGGGCUUUUCUCGGCUCCAGAGUUGCAUCGCGGAGCUGCGAGCCUUGCCGACGGAAGGGGGGUUCCGGCCAAAGGAGGACGCGGUGAGCCGGGCAGUGCAGGACGGGCUCCAGCAGUUCAAGCAGUACACCGGGAAAGGCAUGGCAGGCGCUUCCCUGAGCAGGGCUGCUGUGGAGAUCACGGUCCUGACCAGCCAGCUCAGCGCACAGAUGGCCAAGCAGCUGGAGGCUGGGCUACAGGACACUGACCUGGUCAGCCUCCGGCAGUUGCAGCUGGUUGAGCUCACCAGGGGGGGAGUCCAGGAGCAGUCUGACCAGGGCUCUCCUUCCCUUGCAGAGAGCACUGCCGCCGCCGCCAUCCUGGGCACAGACAUUGACCUCCAGACCGUGGAGGAUGACGUGGUGGCCUUGGAGAUGUUCUUCAAAGCCUGGUUCCAUGACCAGGGCACCAAUCAAGAGCACCUCCACCUCCUCCUGCCCUCUGGAGCCAUCGCCCGUCCUGGUGCACCCGGGACCAGCCAGGUGUGUGUGAAAUGCGAUGUCCAGGAGAGGCUACUCAGCCCUGCUCUGCUACCUGCAGCCUGCAGCGAUGGCACAGCAAGAGUGGGCGAUGCCAGCGGUCCCUUCUGGAUGGCCCCUGGCCAAGUCCGGGCCCCUCGCAAGCUCAGAGUCCUCAGGGCUCUGAAGGCAGGCGGGCUGUGCGAGUCGGUGCUUUUUGGGCUCCCGCUGGUCGUCAGGCCCACAAGCUGCUGGCAGCUGAACUGGGAUGAACUGGAGGCCAACCAGCAGACUUUCCAAGCCCUCUGCCACUGCCUGGUGAAACGGGAGUUGCUGCUUCUCACCCAGUAUGAGCCCCACAGGGGGGCAGGUGGCCCCAGCUGGGGCUCCUGGGCCACCACCUACCAGGUCCUCCUGCCCUCGGGCUCUGGCUCGCUGCUGCUCCGCUCCGUGGCAGCCCGAGAGCUCCUCCUGCCGUGCAGCGUCCCUCUGCCUCCUGCUGACCCUGCAGCCGCCGCUCUCAGUGAAAUGGAGGGCAUCCUUGACAGUUUGGAUGUGGAACCGGCCUACAACCCCCUGAGUGCCACAACUCACCUCUACCGAGCCCUGAGGAGCAGCCUGAUCCGACCAGUUGCCUCCCGGCCUCAGCGGCCGGCAGAACGGCCCUCGCCUCGCCAGCAAGGCAGCCGUUCGCACCCAAGCAAGGCCCGGGCCACCGUGGCCCCCCUCCGCAUGGCUCUCCCCACAGCUAGGCUCGGGGGCCCUCUUUUCUCCAGCGAGGAGGACGAGUUUCUGGGAUCCACGUAG